CCGGACUCGUGUGUGAGUCGCACCCGUUCAAGAUGUCAGUGGAGCAGGCGAGCGAGAGCGGGACAGUCAAUGACACUCUCGAAGACGACAAAUUACAAUUGAUUAAAGGUGGUGUGUUCCUGACUUGCGUCGGCACGGCGGGUGUGAUCGCAGGCUUCGGCUCCACUCUGGCCAUGGCUAAGAAGAAGAGUCCAGAGUGGUUCAGUAAGGGUGUAGUGGGAACUGCCGCCGUGCCGGAGAGCGGAGCGUCGCUAGCGCUGCGGGCGUUGGGAUGGGGGUCGCUGUACGCCUGGUGUGGAGUCGGCCUCCUCAGCCUCACCGUUUGGAAGGCCCUGGGUGUCCACAGUCUGAAGGAUUUUCGCCAGAAAAUGCAAUCCAUUUUCCCCGCAAUCCCCAAAAACGAAGAGACGAACUCUGCUCCAUUUGACUGGAAUUCCAUCUUCAAGUCAAAAUGAGUAGAAAUUGCUUUUUAUUAUCAAAAACGCAGCCUUAACCGGCUGUCUGGAAAUACCAUUUAUCUGAUGGUCAUGUCUGGUUAAGUGUGAGGCAACGGGUCACUUCGAUCAGACAUUUUUGACCCAGCAACUGGAGAACGCUUCACUGAAGGACUUGGCGGGGAUGUGUUUGGCUUAAUCUCUUGUGCCACACUGGAUUUUACAAGCCCUUAGCCAAAAGAUUUGGCAGUAUUAUGUUUGUACAUACUGCAGUUUCAAUUAUGUUAUUAAAUUCACAUCUGCCAGGUCAAUUGUUUGCAAAGCAUUGGCCUUAUGUUUUUUUUGGGAACCAUAUUUUUGGAGCAUUUAUGUGGUCCUUGCAAAUAACAUUACUGCCCUUUGGCCGGUGGUGUUUAUACAUUAAACGUAUCGAAUUAAAGCAGCUAUUGUGUUAAAUUGGGUUCAUGUGAUUGCAUGGUCUAAUAAAAGCAUCUCUUAGUAAUCUUUGAAAGAUGUUUCCAGGCUGUCCUGGAAAAGAGAGGCAAAGGACAAAAACAUGUGCUAACGAAGAGCUAAAAACCAGCCCUCCCUUCGAGUACGCCAAUGUAAGAGUGUUUUGUCCAGCUGCUUUUUUUUAGUGCGUGUAAUCUGGUUAAAAUGUGGAUGUGACAAAUGCAGCAUUGAGCACGGGGUUGGUAGACCGGCCAAAAAUAUACCCAUCAACCUUAACUGAUAGGAAUUAAGUGUUUUUGCUUCUUAAAUAUUAUAAUAUUGAUGAUGUACAUACUUGUGUGACACACACAAAAAAAUAAAAACAACACUGAAGAACAACGUUCACAGUGCUCGACCAAAUUUCAUGUACAUUUACUUUUAACAUGUGGAACAUGUAUAAAGACUUUAUACUGAAUAAACAAUGGUCAUCAAAU